UACUUUCUAGGAAUACAUUUUCCUUCCUGCCAAAAUAUCACCAAUACUUCAUUUGCAGUUUUGUUCAAUUUAUUUUUUCUCAUCCUAACUGUCAAAACGGAUAUCUUCAACAAGAUAAGGCAAGAGUUUCAUUUCAUCACCCGUUUGCACUCCACUUACUCAAUACUCUUCUUCUCUUCUCUUCUCUAUUAGCCAUGGCCGAAGUUUCUAGAAUCUUCCAAUCAGUUGUUCUUGCUCCUUUCUCCCAUAAGGUAGAUGGAGUCAGUAACUACCACUACAAAUUAUACAGAAGAAACAGAAACAAUAUCAUUAACAUUCGUUGUUGUUCAUCAAUUUCUACUGCUGAAACGACCAAAUUUACCAAGACCCGGGAUAUUCCAUGGGGAUGUGAGACUGAUUCUCUUGAAAACGCAUCGAAUUUGCAGAAAUGGUUGUCGGAAUCAGGGCUACCAGCUCAGAAAAUGGAUAUACAAAGAGUGGAUGUUGGAGAAAGAGGACUUGUUGCUCUGAAUAAUAUUAGGAAAGGGGAAAAGCUGCUUUUUGUUCCUACUGAACUUGUCAUCACCGCUGACUCGAAAUGGAGCAAUUCAGAGGCUGGUGAUGUUCUAAAACAAUACAAUAUACCUGAUUGGCCUUUUAUUGCUACAUAUUUAAUAAGUGAAGCAAGCCUCAUGAAGUCUUCAAGAUGGAGCAACUACAUAUCUGCCUUGCCUAGGCAACCUUAUUCUCUCUUAUACUGGACUCGUUCAGAGCUAGAUAGGUAUUUGGAAGCAUCACAAAUAAGAGAACGGGCGAUUGAAAGGAUAAAUAACGUCAUUGGAACGUACAAUGAUUUAAGACUCAGAAUAUUUUCCAAGCAUCCUGAUUUAUUUCCUGAAGAGAUAUUCAACAUAGAGACUUUCAACUGGUCAUUUGGAAUUCUCUUCUCACGUUUGGUCAGGUUACCUUCUAUGAAUGGAAGAGUUGCGUUGGUUCCCUGGGCAGAUAUGCUGAAUCAUAAUUGUGAGGUGAAAACGUUUCUCGACUAUGAUAGAUCAUCGCAAGGAAUCGUCUUUACAACAGACAGGGCAUAUCUACCAGGUGAGCAGGUUUUUAUAUCAUAUGGAAGGAAAUCUAAUGGAGAGCUUUUGCUUUCAUAUGGAUUUGUUCCUAGAGAAGGCACCAAUCCCAGCGACUCAGUUGAGGUGUCAAUGUCACUUAAGAAAUCUGAUAAAUGUUACAAGGAGAAGGUGGAAGCUCUAAAGAAGCAUGGAUUAUCAGCAUCUGAAUGUUUUCCGGUACAAGUCACUGGUUGGCCACUGGAGUUGAUGGCUUUUGCUUAUCUAGCGGUCAGUCCACCUAGCAUGAGCAGACAGUUUGAAGAGAUGGCUGCUGCUGCAUCAAAUAAGACAACAUCAAGGAAAGAGAUCAAGUACCCAGAAAUAGAAGAAGAAGCAUUGCAAUUUGUUCUGGAUAGUUGUGAAUCUAGCAUAUCAAAGUAUUCCAAAUUUCUUCAGGCAAGUGGAGAAAUGGAUCUCGAUGUAACAAAUCCAAAGCAACUAAACAGAAGAGUGUUUCUGAAACAGCUAGCAGUUGAUCUCUGUACAAGUGAGCGAAGGAUACUCUAUCGUAGCCAAUAUAUAUUGAGGAGAAGAUUGAGGGACAUAAGGAGUGGAGAAUUGAGGGCUCUGAAAUUAUUUGACGGGCUUAGGAACAUUUUCAAAUGACUUAAAAAAUGACUCUUCAGCGAUAUUGAAAUCAAUCCUACUAUUUCCAAGAAAGGUUGCCACUGUCUCAAUGAUCAAAUGGCAGCACAAUUUGGAGUGUACUCUUUUCUCUUGGUGUAUAAUUGCUAUUGUACCUUUCAGCUUAGCUUCAAGAUCUUUUGUGGUCUGUAAAAUUUGUGCCACUGUUAUGACUGGUUUGAUGUUUGUCUUUGUCUUAUCUUUUUCUAACCAUCUAGUGUAACGUAGAAAUAGCGCCAACUGAUUACUUUUUGGCCCCGUCUUUGAAUAAAUAGCUAAUGUCAUGAGUUCCAAAUUUCACA